AUGGAGAAGACUUUUGCAUCUCAACUAAACCCACUACUCACUGAAUUCAGCCAAAAAGUCGAUGAUUGCAAGCAGAAUGAUGGUACACAUGUGGAUUUCGACCUGUAUUUGCAAGAGUCCACUCCUUUGCAAUACUGUACAGACAACGAAAAUGCAUUCUACAAAAGCGCACACGUAGACUUUCCAGAGGAAAUUGCCAGGCAAAUUGAACAGCCUCGCAGUGACUACAAUCUUGGGUUUCUAAAAGCUAUCAAUCAUGUCUGGUUGGCAAGAGGAUCAUCGUUGUUUCUAUGGGACUUUAGUAAGAAGAAUUCUAAAGUAUUCAGAUACGACACCACCCAAGCCAUUGAACAUGUCGAUAUUGCAACAUUCACAACACACCACGAGCUGGUUGUCACUACUCGAAACCACAUCUACCUCCACACCAUUUCACCAGGCCAAGACAACAUACAGCUAUCGCAGGGUGUGGCAGUGGAUUCAGAGGGUGUUGUCAUGUCAAAUUUCGUUACAGCAAAGGAAUUAAGACGAGUCUUUAUGAAGGGCGAUGAUGGACAUUUGUACGAAUUGCAUCUUGUAUGGACAGACAACACACCAAAAAAUGGAAGUCUUAGCUGUCUUACCAUGAACCCAAUACUGCGCUAUUUGACCAUGUUCUUCAAAUCUCCACCUGUGGCCAGUGUGAAAUCUCUGGUAUUGGAUGAAGCAGGGGAAUUGCUGUACAUGCUGCUGUCAGAUUCCAGCAUCCAUGUUGCUCAGAUUCGUGGCACCACCUACUCGUUAUUGAAGCGCUACGAGAGCCAACACUUGGAAUCAAUUCACCUUGUUCAAGAUACCAAAAAGCCUUGUCUCAUGGCAGUUGCAAACAACGGCGACAGACUGUUUUUACAGAAUGAAAGUCUAGAUAUCCAGCUCAUAUUUACCCGACCAGCACCACCCUUGCCCGGAUCCAUUUUAUUCAACAACUUGACCGAUCAACAUGCUGACUUGGCUUAUUAUCAGCAAGGCGUUUUUGCUACUGUCUUGGCCAAAUCAGAAAAGAAGUACUUUGUGUUGACCAACACAAGCGUCGCAUCGGUCAAGGAAUCAAAGCCUGUGUUGGUGGAGGAUUUCUAUUAUGAAAAGCUGGACGACAAAGUGUGGUCUAUCAUGGAAGGAGGAAAAGCCAGACACACAAGAUUCAACAUGAAAUCGACAUUAGAGCCUAUGGAUACUUCAGAUCGCCAGAUUUCAGCAUUGACGAAACGAGGCAUCAUCCACUACAAUAAGCAACACAUUACAGAUUAUUUUCAACACGCAUUGCAAUCGCCUUCACCUGAACAUUUGAACAAGUUUGAAGAGCGUUAUGGUGCCAUUGAGACUGGUUAUAUAGCUCAUGUGUUGGCCUGUUCAGCAAAGCAAACUCCAUAUGUCAUUGACUUUAUUCGACAAUGCACAGUACGACAAGAAGGCCUGCUGCUCUAUUUUGCUCGCAUCGUUCAGGAUAUCUGGACGGUCGAUAUCAAAAAUGAAAAAGUCCCUAAAGAAAAGUUUCUGGUGGUUCAGGAACGCCUCCGAGCACUUGCCGAUGUAUAUCAACAAUACGACAUUCCAGCAGCAGAUGACAUGGAUCUUGUGUUGAAGACUAUGGAAUUCAUUUCGUUGAUAUGCUUUGCUAAUGAUUUAGAAUGGGAACAAAUUGUAGCAAGGUUUGACAAAAACUGGGUUGUCAGCAAGUUUAGUGAUGUCGUUACAACGGUGAAGGGCGCCAACUUGAUCCAGGAUAUUGUUUACAAGGCUAUAAAGACAUCGAAACUUGCAAAUGCUUCCAACAACUACAGCUUUAUCGGUAACUUUUUAAACAGCAAUUGCUCCAACCUCUUGGGCACAGAACAAGUGAUUUACUUUAAGGGUGUCGAAAAUUUAUAUGCUGCACAAAAUAAUACAGAUGCCAACGACAAGAAGCAGGCAUUGGCAUUAGCUAUUGGACAUUUCAAGAGCGUGGUCGGCAUUUGCGAUGCUCCUCGUAUUAAAGCGCUCGCACAAAAGUUCUGCGACUUGGGAGAUCACCAUUCUGCUGUCGAUCUUGCAUUUACAAGCUAUUCACAAGCAGGGUUGACACUCGAUCAACUUGAAGCAUUUGUGCUGCACAUUAUCAAGGAAGCCAAUUGA